AUGGCACGAAUUCAUCAUCAGAGUACAUGUCAUGAAACAUGCAAGCAUCUCAACACGCUGGGCGCCAAGGCCGUGCUGGCCUUCUCGACCACUGUGCCGCUCUCAGAGAUCGCCUUCGCCGUUCUGCUCCUCCGUUACCUUCUCCUGGCCACGCUCGCCUUCCCGCAGCACCCUGGGAAGCCCAACCCGUCCUUGCCCGUCUUCCUCGGCCUCGCGCGCCUCCUCCUCGCCGCGCACACCGUGGGCGGGUUCCUCGUUGGUGCCGCGCUCCCGGCGCUCUACGUCCUCAACGGCCUCCGGUCCGAGGACACCACGGGGAUCGCCGCCGCAGCCCCGCACGUGUUCCUGCUCUCCGCGCAGGUCUUCAUUGAGGGGCUCACCGCCGCGGUCCCAUGGCGGUUCUCGCUCCCCGUCAGGGCCGCCGUACCGGUCAUGUACAGCGCGCGCAGGAUGUUCGUGGCAGGGGAGUGGCUCCGGCAGGAGAUGGAGGGGGUGACUGCGGCGACGGGAAGGGAAGGGGGCAGAGCGGCAGGAGGCUGGACGGGUCGAGGAGUUCCCCUGUGGCGGCGGCGGUGGCGUAGGAAACCUAGUGCGCAUCGGACGACGAUUCUGGCGGCUGCCAUUGGCUGA